AUGGCUCCUUCGACAAUUAAGCAAUGGGUGGUUGAGAACGGCACCAACGACUUCGAUGGUCUUGUUCACAAGGAAGUACCCUUUCCUAAAGUUGGCGAGAAUGAAGUUCUUGUGAAGCUGCAGGCUGCUUCGCUGAACUAUCGUGAUUUGAUUAUCCCCAAGGGCUUGUACCCAUUCCCUCUGGGCUAUCCUGUCGUUCCUGGCUCCGAUGGUUCCGGAGAGGUUGUCGAGGUCGGAUCGAAGGUUACCCAGUUCAAGAAGGGUGACCAAGUGAACACCCUCUUCAACCAGGGCCACCAGUCCGGUGAAAUCGAUAUCAAGGCAGCACAGACUGGCCUCGGCGGUGUCUUUGACGGCACUCUGCGCGAAUAUGGUGUCUUCAACGAGAAUGGCCUCGUCAUCGCUGCUAAGAACCUUAGUGCCAUCGAGAACAGCACCCUGUCCUGCGCAGCUGUUACCAGCUGGAAUGCUUUGUACGGCCUCAAGCCAUUGAAGCCUGGCCAGACCGUCUUGGUGCAGGGAACCGGUGGUGUCAGUAUUUUCGGUUUGCAGUUCGCUAAAGCUGCUGGUGCAACCGUCAUUGCUACCACUUCUUCCGACGCAAAGGCUGAGAAGCUGAAGCAGCUCGGUGCCGACCACGUUAUCAACUAUAGGAAUGACCCCAACUGGGGAGAGACUGCCCGCAAGCUCACCCCCGAUAACGAGGGUGUGGAUCACGUUAUUGAGGUUGGCGGCACUGGCACCCUUGAGCAGAGUCUCAAGGCUAUUAAGUUUGAGGGUAUCAUCAGCGUUAUCGGCUUCCUGAGUGGCGUUGACCCCAAGGGCCAGCCUAGCCUCCUUGACACUCUUAGCACCAUUUGCACUGUCCGUGGUGUCUACGUUGGUAGCAAGGCUCUCAUGCGCGAUAUGAUCCGCGCUAUUGAGGCUAAUGAUAUUCACCCCGUUGUGGAUGAUAAGAUCUUCACCCUUGACGAGGUCCGUGACGCAUAUGACUACAUGUGGGCUCAAAAGCACUUCGGAAAGUUGGUUGUCAAGAUCAACUAA